AUGCCAGUCGACGGCCUGGACUUCGUGGGCAAUAAAAAGCCAAGUUUGGCGUGCGAGACCGCCGUAAAAACACAACGAGAUCUGACCGGCUAUAGUAGCAAACAGUUAAAGAACGGAUCACGUUGUUCAGGAGGAAUCGAGGCCACUGAAGGCGGAACUUUUUACGGAGCGUACUUUUUGUACAUUGCCACGAACACCGUGCGACCAAUAACCGUGGCAAUUGUCGCAACAGUCACGCGGGGCGAAGCCGUUACUCAUACGCACCCAGCUCUGACGACCGUCCUCCGUGGCAUAAAAACGCAAGAUAAGCCCGCCUCGCUUUUAUCGUCAGCGACGUCGCGUCUCCAUUGUGCCACGUAUGAUGCUUUUCCCGUUCAGAUGUUGAACACAUCG